AUGGGCGCCGAACCCAUCAAAUUCGAGAUUCCCGACGAGUACCGAGUGUUUCUGCCUUUCAACCGCUUUCCGCCUGAGAUCCGCCAGCAGAUAUGGCAUGAAUCCGUUUCGACGCCGGGGAUGCAUUUUGUGAAGCUGGAGAGCCGGGGCCGCCACUGGAGAUGGAUAUCGCUAAACAGGCUGGCGCAGUUGAUCACGCAGCAGCAGAAUCCCGAAAAGGACGACGACUACGACGAGAUAGCACACGAGGUCAAGAAUGAAGUGACUCCCAAACGCCUGUGGGACACUCGCCUCGUGCCCGUGUCGCCAAACCAGAAAUCCGACAUCUCCAGCUACCAUGACCUCAACAAGCAGAUGGCAGCCCUCACCACCGUCUGCCACGAGUCAAAGGCCGUAGCCGACAGCUUGAUGGCCAAGCAAGGCGCCCUGAAGCUGAGCAACGGUAAGCUGGUUGCCUUGGGGGGGUCGUCUGACAUUGUCUUUCUCGAAUAUUUCCCUCCCGAGCUCUUUGAAAGCGGCUGCGGCUACGACAUCGAUCCCAACUGCCCCAGCCUGGACAACAUACGGCGGGUGGCGGUGCGUUAUUGCCAUCAGUGGCAGGAAAAGCCGCUGCCGACGGUCUGCUCGCUUUGUGGGCUGGUCCACGAUACGACUGGCGGCGUCAUCUAUCCGAUUCACUUGUACCAUUUCCUGGCGAGACAUUUGCCCAACGUGGAGGAGUUUUACUUUGUCGACUAUUUCCUUUUGCGCAAAUCAGCACAGUCAGGCGCCAGUCCCGGCAAGUUGCCUACGCGCAAGUAUAAGUGCGGCAACCGAACGUUUUACGAGGCGAAUGACGAGCACUGGAACGUAAAGCCGCAGGUCACCAAGAUGCAGACGUGGCUACAGGACAGAUUCAUCCGUUAUGCCAAGGCAAGCCAAUUGAGCCGCCACAAGAACCCGGAAAAGGUGCGGUUCGGCGUUUUGGCCUGCGAGUGGGAUAUCGUCCCUCCGCUGUCACUCAAGGCGCAGCCCAUGCCUCCAGUUCCAAAGGGCCGUAACAAGCGUAUGCUUUACGAAGAGCAAGCGCUACGUCGAAAUCGCCGGCGAGUCCUGCGCCAGAAGUCGCGGAAUGCGCAGCUGAUGAAGUCGAGUACAUUUACGGCCAAUGUGCCGUUUGUAUUCGGCAAUCCAAACAACUCGGUUGACUUUACCUUUUCACUUGACUGGAGGCAGACGUAA